GUUAUAAACGUACUAUUAACAUUAACUAAUAAGCUAAAUUUCUCCUUAAAAGGGGUGCUCACUAAUAAGCUUGCUAUCAAUGAGCCUCUCAUGGAAGAAGAAACACACAUCCAGCUAUCCAAAUGGGAAGGCAAAACUCUGUUGAGCUACAAGGCCCCGCAGCAGAUGAAGUUUGGCCUCUCUUGGCAGAUUUUUGCAACUUCCACAAAUGGUUCCCAAUUCUUGACACUUGUUAUCAAGUAGAAGGAGUCCCCGGCCAACCUGGUGUGAUCCGGUACGCUUCACUCUACCCCGAUGCCUUUGGUAAAACAUCAUUAUCUGCCGACGAUCACGGUCAUCAUGAUGAUCAGAGAUCCAUCAAGUGGGUCACAGAGAAGCUACUAGCGAUCGAUCCGAUCGAACGGUGCUUGAGCUACGAGAUCGUUGAUAAUAAUAUUGGAUUCAAGUCGUAUGUUGGAACCAUGCAGGUGCUGUCUGUCAACGACCGCGAUUGUGCCAGUGUAAGAUCGACUGGUCAUUUGUUUGUGAUCCGAUUGAAGGGUGGAGAUUUGAAGACUUUCUAUUUUUUGUGUGGCUCUACUCUCCAAUCAAUGGCAAAGAAGAUAGAGCAUGUUCUUUCAUCUACCGCGUGA